AUGAAUCCAGAAGGUUCAUCCAUUCCACUUACACUUCCGUUGUUUGAUGGUAAAAGUUAUCAUCUCUGGGCUUUUAGAAUGGAAGCCUAUCUCGAAGUAGGUGAUUUGUGGGAAGCUGUUGAAGAUGUGUACGAAGUCGAACCCUUGCCGGACAAUCCAACGGUUGCUCAAAUAAAAAAUCACAAAGAAAGGAAGCAGAGAAAGUCAAAAGCAAAAGCAACUUUGCUUGCAGCAGUUUCAUCCACCAUUCUAGCCAGAAUAAUGACACUUAAAACAGCCAAUCAGAUUUGGGACUUUUUGAAACAAGAGUAUGAAGGAAAUGAAAAGGUUAAAGAUGCUAGAAUUGUUCAAAAAAUUCUAGUCACAAUACCUGAAAAGUUUGAAGCCACAAUUGCAUCUCUGGAGAAUUCAAGGAAUUUGUCAAGCAUUACAUUGGCUGAAUUGUUGAAUGCACUACAAGCACAAGAACAAAGGAGGCUUAUGAGGCAAGAAGGGUAUGUUGAGGGUGCUUUUCAGGCCAGAUCACAGAAUUACAAAGGAGGCAAAAAUAACAAGAAGAAGCAGAGCAACAACAAAAAUGGCCAAAGCAGCAAGACACGACAUGUGGAAAGAAUAUGCAAGACUCAACAACAACAACAAGGAGAAGCCAAGGCUUCUGAAGAUCAGCCUAUGGAGGAGCAGCUAUUUGUAGCAUCAUGCUUUGCAACCAACACCACUACGGAGAGCUGGCUUAUAGACAGUGGUUGCACAAAUCACAUGGCUUAUGAUCGUGAACUUUUCAAAGAAUUGGACGAGACAACUAUUUCCAAAGUCAGAAUUGGAAAUGGAGCACUUAUUGCAGUAAAAGGCAAGGGAACGGUUGCAAUUGAAGGCCACUCAGAUGCAAACAACAUAGAAAUGAUCAAAGUUCAAAUGAAAGGCAAGAGUUUUGUCUUGGACUUGAUGAAUGAGGAGCAGCAAGCAGUUGUACACAAAGAGGAUGAUAAUACAAUGCUUUAG